CAAACAAAAACAUAGGAUGAUCCUCUUCUAUAAUAUCUAUCCAUAAAUACUAGACUUAUCUCAGAAGCACACUUUGCAAGUUCACAAAAGUCAACAACACAAAGCAAAACAUCUCACCUCAAAGUUGAUGAUGAUGAUGACCACUCCAUGCCUCAAAAUCUUCUCAAUUCUCUUCCUAGCCUCUCUCUUCUACAUCCUCAUUGCCUCCUCUUUCUUCACCUCACCUCAUCUCCACCAACAUUUGCACUUGCACCUGCAACCACCCUUUGAGUUGUGUCCAAGUAACUACACCAACCAUUGUCCAUGUCAAGACCCCAGAAGACAGAAACGUUUUCCCAAAGCCAAAUUGUUCCGCAAAGAGCGUCACUGUCCCAAAACCAGUGAGAGGCUGAGGUGCCUCGUUCCAACCCCAUUGGGGUACAAAACCACGUUUCCUUGGCCUCAGAGUAAGGACAGUGCAUGGUUCAGCAACGUGCCUUUUCCCAAGCUUGUGGAGUAUAAGAAGUCGCAGAACUGGGUUAGGUUGGAGGGUGAGCGUUUUGUGUUUCCCGGUGGUGGCACUUCGUUUCCGGAAGGAGUUAAGGCUUAUGUUGAUGCUCUAAACCAUCUUCUUCCUGUGCCUUUGGAAUCUGGGGAUGUUAGAACCGUUCUUGAUGUUGGUUGUGGGGUUGCAAGCUUUGGAGCUUCUCUGAUGGACUAUGAUAUCUUGACAAUGUCAAUUGCACCAAGUGAUGAACACGAUGCUCAAGUACAGUUUGCCUUAGAAAGGGGACUUCCAGCAAUGCUUGGCGUACUAAGCACUCAUAGACUAACAUUCCCCUCAAGAUCAUUUGAUAUGGCUCAUUGCUCUAGAUGCCUCGUCCCAUGGACUGCUUAUGAUGGGCUUUACCUAAGGGAAAUUGACCGGGUUUUGCGUCCUGGUGGAUUUUGGGUACUGUCUGGGCCACCCAUAAAUUGGAAGGUAAACUACAAUGCGUGGCAAACAGAGCCUCAGGUGUUGGAAAAGGAGCAAAAUGUUUUAGAAGACCUUGCCAUGCAACUGUGCUGGGAAAAAGUUGCUGAGAGAGACAACAUUGCUGUCUGGCAAAAACCCAUAGAUCAUAGUAGCUGCAUACAGAAGCUGAAGACUUUGCCAUCCCCCACGUUCUGCAACUCAUCUGACCCUGACGCUGGAUGGUAUACCAAAAUGACUGCAUGCAUUUUUCCUCUUCCAGACGUGAAAUAUGUCCAUAAUACAUCUGGUGGUGUUCUUGAGAAAUGGCCUAUGAGGUUGAACACUGUUCCACCAAGGGUUAGAAAUGAAAAUAAUGAUGGCUUGACACUCCAAACCUAUAUUGAAGAUAAUCGGACAUGGAAAAGGAGAGUGUCCAAUUAUGGGGUCAUGCUUAAUUCCCUCUCUUCAGGUAAAUAUAGAAAUGUUAUGGAUAUGAAUGCUGGCUUUGGAGGAUUUGCGGCUGCAAUGGUUAAAUAUCCUGUUUGGGUCAUGAAUGUUGUUCCAUUUGAUGCAAAAUACAACAAUCUUGGCAUUAUCUAUGAACGAGGCCUUAUAGGAACAUACAUGGAUUGGUGUGAGCCCUUCUCGACAUACCCACGAACAUAUGACUUGAUACAUGCUAGUGGUAUAUUCACCAUGUACAAGGACAAGUGUGAUAUUAGUGAUAUUGUUGUGGAGAUACAUCGCAUUCUUCGUCCCAAAGGAACUGUUAUCAUUAGAGAUGAGGAAGAUGUAAUUCUUAAAGUAAAAGAAAUUACUGAUAAAAUAAGAUGGAAAGGAGUACUAGUGGCUGGUCAUGAGGAUGGAGCUUUUCAUUCAGAAAAGAUUAUGAUUAUUAAUACCGACUGAAUUUAUUACAAUGUUUAUAUUUGGAUAGUUCAAUUUUGCUGUCUCAUUAUUUAUGCAGUUUUUAAUAUAUUUUUUUUAAAUGAUACACGUUACAAUAAUUUGUGUAAUAUUAUAAAAUAAUAUUAUACAAAAUAUUGUAUAAAUAUUAUUUAUUCACUUUUCUUAAAGGUAGAGAAAGAUACAUGGA